UAAGCUGACGUCGAUCUCGUGUGUAUGUACGUCACGUGAUCCGUUGACUGUUGGUGGGAAUGACUACAACUCUUUGUCAAACCAACGUCGUGACUCACUUCAGUUCUCUGUUUACCACUCAAUGAUCACACCAACUUGACACCCUGCUCUGGGACUCAAAAACUGCCUAUCUGUUCUCCUUCAAUUAAGACACAUGAUACUGCUGCUUUCCUCAUAAUGACGGUCGAUGAUGCAUCAUCGGAAACAGCACCUUUGCUAGGGUCAAACAGUCGGCCAUCCCCAGAUUCCUCGAGCGUCCAAGGUAACAUCACCGCCACACCGGAAGAAGCGAGAGAUGUUGAGAGCAAUGACCUUACACGCACUCAGUCCGUUGACUCCAACCGGGCUGCACAAUACCAGGGCAAUGCUGAAGUCCAGAAGCAACUCAAGUACAUCGUACCAGCUGUAUCGAUAGGCGUUUUCCUCUCGGCGGCCGACCAGACCAUUAUCGUGUCUAGCUAUGGACGAAUUGGGUCCGAAUUAGACGCUCUAAACCUCACGAGUUGGAUUGCGACAUCCUAUUUCCUUACCCUGACCUCGUUCCAGCCGCUCUACGGCAAGCUCAGUGACAUCUUUGGAAGGAAAGCCUGUCUUCUCUAUGCCUACGCAAUCUUCGGCCUCGGCUGUCUCUUCUGCGGACUCUCACAGAGCAUCAACCAGCUCAUUGCUGCUCGUGUUUUUCAGGGGAUAGGUGGAGGAGGAAUGACAACAGUGGUCAGCAUCAUGUUCAGCGACAUCAUCCCUCUUAAGGAUCGAGGUGUCUGGCAGGGUCUUAUCAAUAUCAUCUAUGCCGCAGGUGCGGGCUCCGGAGCGCCUCUUGGUGGGCUUCUAGCAGACACAAUCGGCUGGCGAUGGUCCUUUUUGGCGCAAGCACCUCUCUGUGCGAUCGCAUUCCUUGCUGUUGGUCUGGUUUUGCAGCUGCCCCAAGCUGAUACCGAUCACUGGCGGCAGAAACUCCGUCGGGUUGAUUUUGUCGGCGCUCUUGUUCUAGUGGCGGCUGUCUUCACCCUGAUUUUCGGUAUGGAUCGAGGUAGUAAUACCUCAUGGAGCCAUGCCAUCAGUUAUGGCCCACUUAUCAUAUCCAUCUUCCUUUUUUUCCUUUUCAUUGUUGUGGAGCGACAUGUGGCCGCCGAGCCAUUUGCACCAGGCCACAUCAUUUUCCACCGAACGCUAUUUCCCUGUUAUUUGUGCAACUUCUUUAGCUUUGGCGGCUGGCUUGCUGUUUUGUAUUACCUCCCAUUGUUCUACCAAGCAGUCGAUGGCUACAGCGCGACCGGGGCGGCGGUCCGACUACUCCCUGCUAUCACCUGCGGAGUCUCAGGGUCUCUUUUCGGUGGGAUAUGGAUGCGCAAGACCGGGAAGUACUAUUGGCUUACCGUCUCAGCCUACACACUCCUGGCAGUGGGCAUGUUACUGGUCUUUCUCUUCUCCGGCUUGAUCCAGAAUAGCACGCUUGCCAUCACCAUUGGGACCAUGUGUUGCGGCUUUGGCAACGGAAUCGGUGUGACAUCGAGCCUUAUUGCCAUCAUUUCCAACGCCAGCCCGGACGAUCAAGCUGUGGCGACUGCCUGUUCAUAUCUCUUCCGCUCCCUUGGAUCUGUCAUCGGCAUCUCGCUAUCAUCAACCGUCAUCCAGCAGAGGCUGAGGGAUACAUUGGCGCGAGAGCUGGGAAGUGGCAAGGAUGCAGCGCAGAUUGAACGAGGGGUGAGACGAAGUCUUGAUUAUCUCAAGAAGCUGCAACCAAGUGUCCAGAAAAUUGUCAGGCUGGCGUAUGGGGAUGCCGUAACUUGUGGCUAUGGAUUCAUGUUGGCGAUUGCCCUUGGUGCGACUAUUUCCAGUCUUUUCAUCCGGGAGAGACGAUUGAGUAAAUAAAGGGUGAUACAGCUGUGUGUUCCGGGAUAUGUAGGACAUGUAUCACAAUGAAGAAAGGGUCUUACAUCUGUAUAAAAUAAAAUAACAUCGACAUGUGGUA